ACUGAUGAAAACCUAGUAUCUGUAUCUUGUCCAAACUGACCAAACCACCGCUUGCGCACCCGUAACACCCAUGGAGGACGAUACGGCGACGACGUCGGCGAAUCUGAGCAUAUACAGAGCGGCUAGGAGCAUAAAGCGGAGAGAUAACACGCUGUACAACGCUCUCAGAUCGAUCUACGAGGACUCCGUCUUCGUGGGCGAGAUCGCCCAGCUAUGGCCGGACCUCCCUCUCCUCGCGAACCUCCGCUGCGGCUACUGGUACUCUCCCAAGUUCCAUUCAACCUGUUACUUCAAGUCGACCGACGGCCACACCAAUAACUGGUCGUUCAACACCUCUCGCCUCAACCUCCACGUCGCUCACCUCGCCGGACAGAAGGGAGGGUGUAUUAUAGUUGAUUCCACUAGAAGAGGGAAACGGUUUCCGGACAGCAUGUCAAAGACGAUACCCAUUUGGACUUGUGUACUGAAUCGGUCCAUUCGCAAUCAUUUGAACAGUAUGCGUGAUACGAAUCGGGAGUCAAAUACUUCUCAUCAGGAUGAUGAAACUACAAGGCAGGUCUCUCUUGAUUGGGACUGCUCCUUGCAUCUUCCACUCUGGGUUUCUGAAACAGAGAAGGCUGCUAUUGAGGAUCGCUUAGAAGAGUGGACUGAACAGUUACAUGCAAGUGGUGCUGAUAUUGCCUCUCUAGCAUUCUGCUUGAAAAAGCCCUUACGCCCUUUAUGGAUUUCACAAAAAACCGUCAUCUGGUUAAAUGAGGUGCCUGACCAUGAUUCGUGGGAUUUCACACCCAUUAUACUUGUUACUGCCUCUUCCUCAAGUGGCGUAAUUCAACACAGGUCUACCUCGGAGUUUAGCUGGAAUUAUAUAGCAGGAGCAGGAGAUGAUGAAGAAAGCUGGGCAAGGGGUUUAUCACCUAAUCUUUUCUGGAAACAUGCCCAUGAUCUUAUAAGCUCUGGGCCUGAUUUGUGUAAUCAGAAGGUAGCAGAUAUCGUUGAAAAGGAUCGAGUAUAUCGUGCACAUAGGGGACAAAAUCCUCCUCAGGUCACGGUGAAGGCCCCAAAGUUGUUAGGUAGCUCGGUUCAUUUUUCAAAAGAAGUGCCACUACCGUUGGAUAUCUCAAACAUCGAAAUUGGUAUGAAGUCUUCUGAUGAAGAAUGUGCAAUUUCUUGGCUGGGAUCAACAAAUCUUGCAGUUGGCACAUCCCAACCUGCUGUAAAUGUGUCUAAUGUUGAUUGCAUUUUGAAUUGUGAUCGAGAGUCUAUCUCUCUGAGUCUUUCAGAUGCUGAAGCGUAUUUGCAUCUUCCUAUAGUGACAUCAAAAUUGGAUCGGUUUUCCUUAUUAAGCAAUCUUCCUUCUGCGGUGAACUUUGCGAAGUUGAAUCUUAGCAAAGGAAAGACACUUCUCAUAUGUUGCCAUGAUGGGGAAGAUAUAAGUGUGUGCGUUUGUCUUGCUAUCUUGACAUCAUUAUUCAAUGAUGGAGGAACCUUCGACAAUGGGAAAUCCUUCAAUGAGACAUGUAUUACCAAAUUGGAGAUGCGACGGCGACUUGUAUAUAUCUGUAAAUUUGCAACAAAUGCUCGGCCAUCCAGAGGAAAUUUGAGGCAAGUUUUUGGUUUUCUAAGCGGUGGAAGAGUCAGCUCAGAUUGAUGACAAGUUGACAACCCCAUACAUAUGACACCAGACAGGCAAUAAUGUUCCCAAAAUGCCUCUCCAAAGCCUACAGAAGUAGUUGCUCGGGUAAAUUAUGAAUCUAUUCUAAAAUUUUGCCAAGUUACAGGGUCCCCCAUCAGCUUGGGCUGCAGAUUUAUCUUGAUCACCCCAUAAAGCCCGCCUCAUCAGAGCUAACAUAUGCAGAUUUGGUUUGGGUAUCUAAAUUAAACCCUUGUAUGGUUGAGCUGAUCAUAUUGAAGUAUUUUUUCAUGAACAGUUUUUACUGCUA